AUGGUUGGGUGCUACAUUAGGGCACCUUCUGGUGACAUUUCCCCCGUACAGGACAGGCCACGUGCCGGCACCUGCACAAACAAGUGGAAGCCUGGUCAUAUUGUCAAGCGCCAGGUCAUAAAAGACAGUUGGUUCGACCUUGAUUUGCAACUUGAUCGGAGCGUCAAGGAAACCUUGUUGAACGUAACUAGUCCCGUGUCCUCUGCCAUAGUAUUCGCGAUUUCCAGCAUUGGACCAUUGACUUGGUACAUUCCCAAACGUUUUGCCGGCACCAUCAGUGAGAGGCGCCAUCCUAAGCACAGAGUUACAACUAAUCAACAUGAAAGUGAAGACAAUCCUUCAGACUGA